UUCAUCCUUGGCGACUGAACUGAAGUGUACGAAUUAUUGAAUUUCUGAAAUAUUUUAAAAGUAUUUGGUAUUUUCACAAUAACUUAAGUUUAAUUAUUAAAAAGUGUUUCAAAAACGAUGAUUUUAUUUGCUUCAUCAAUAAUGUGACGAAGGUUUUGUCACUGUCUUAGUAAAGAUUAUAUCACAAAUCAAGCAACCCCAGUGGACUUUAGAAUCGAUAACCCAGUUUCGCUUAGUGUUUUUAAAAGCCUAGCUAAGUUCUUCUAAUUAAGUAUGUCUCUGUGAAUAUUGUGUCGCGGUUGGGCGUUGUUUAACUCGCUGUGAAUAUGUUGUUCACCCCGAUUUAUAUCGCAAUGACUUUCAUAAAAACUUGGCGAAUUCGCUCCUUCAGAGCCCGGUUACUUGAAUUUUUAAAUGGAAAUACGAGUGUAGCUUUUUGUAAAGUGCCUGAAAACGCAGCCGAAACACCAACAUUGAGCUCAAAACUUUGUACAAAUCCAAAAAAUGCAUAUCUUUGUGACUUACUGGAUUACACAAACACAACACGGAUAUGUAGUAUGAAGCCGACACAAUGUAUUGAGAUCAGCGACUGGGUUUCAUGUUCCGGGGGCCUGCCGCUUGGCUCCAGUGAGCAGUCCCCGGUGACUGAUCUGGACGUAGAUGUUCUAUUUGAGUGUGAGAUGGAGCCCCAUGAAGGCAGCUCACAGCAAGACAUCAUAACUUUGGAGUCAAUGGGCCAGCCGAUGGCUUGGAAGGCAGGCUCGCAUUUGGCAAUAGUAGUGAAAACAAAUAUUGAAAAACUUAGUGUGAUCGGUUUCAAUUUUGUGGGUGGCGAAUUUGUGAUAGACCAUAAAUUACCUGUAGUUAGAGUACAGACUGUACAGUUAUCAGGGGAAGCCAACAAAGCUACAGACCCUGCAAUGAGGAGUCUUAGAAGUGAAGUCCAGCACGGCUUAAAAGUUCCCCCUGAAGAAUUCCAGUGGCCCAUCCACGCUGCUCUGCUUAGGAAAUUAUCAAAGGUCGUAGAUAUCAAGUCCGAUGUCAAACAUACAGUAGAAAUGAAUGGCAGUACGGAAAUAACUCUAGAUACACCAAGGAAACACAUCACAUUGGCUGACGUUAGUUGUAAUACUGGAAAAUCUUUAGGUGAAGAGGAACCAGUUAAGCUUGAAACUAAAUUAACAGAAUCGGUUCAUAAAACACCAGAAAAGUCUCCAGAGAAAAAAGUACAGCCAGAACAACCAGAAGAAGUGGUAUUAGAAAAUGUUACGGUUGAAAUCCAGCACAACAUAACACCAAAGAAGUCCAGUUUGAAACUCGAUUUGAAAAAGGGUACAAGUUCACUAUCAACGUCACUACUAAACAUAUCCAGUCAAAUUAAGUCAGUCACCACACACAAAAGAAUAGUUAGUACGACGAAAAAGCAGCCGCCACAGAUAGAGUCUAGUGUAAUAAAAGAAGAGAGCCAAAAGGAGUCUCCUCAGCAGAGUACGCCAAAGUCUGCGAAAUGUUCCCGUCCAUUAGUGAAUACUAAAUCACCGAAUGUGUUGAUAUAUUCUGAUAGUGUAGCAGCUAGGGAUAACUUGGAAGCGUCGCUAAGGAAAGUCUUGGAUUGUGAUAGGUAUAUCCUGUACAGCGUGUCGAAGGAAACGCUCGAAGCGGGCGCGUGGCGCGGUCGGGCCGCCUUAGUAGCGGUGGCGGGCUGCGUGGGCCGGGGCGCGCCGCUGCUACUGGCACACUUAUUGGACGGCGGCCGGCUGCUGGCACUCUGCUCGGACCUGCUGCACACUGUGCUGCCGUACUACAAGACUGCCGAGGUUCGUGAAAAUGAAGUUGUGCAAUUCUCCUUUGAUAAGUGGAAAUCGGUGAAAAUGAAACAUCACAUUUUCUGCUACCAAGCAUCGCCAGCGAAGAAGCAAUUCUCCACAGAAAGCGAUAGACAGCCGUCAAAAUACACCGGUCAUCCGGGUCACGAGCUGGAUAUCCAGGUUCUGGCUUCGGAAGAGACGUGGCGGACUCCCUCGUUAUUGCAAGCGACUGACUUGACCAACAAUGGCAUUGCAAUUUUUUCACAGAUCCAUUUAGCCGAUCCCAGCGAUUAUUUAGGCGAAGAAGGUAUAAAGAGCAACGAGGCUCGACUAGAGAUCAUCCACAAGAUCCUUGGGGAUAUCCUGGGCCUACACGUCAGGGAGCCAAGCCAACUGCCGCGCGUCGAAUACACGAGGGGAUUCUUCCUGGGAAACCACGUGCACAAGCUGUCGCUAGUGGAGAAAUGGUGCGGGGGCGCCUCACCGCGGCUGCAGAAGUUGGGCGCCAUGACGCUGCAGUGGUGCCUGCGUGACGAGGCGCCGCUGGAGCCGCCGGCGCCCGGCUUCCUGCCCGUGCACGUGUACGAGUGCCCCGAGCACUUCUCCACCGUGGAGUACUACACGGUGAGUGUCUGCAGGGCGCCGCUGCGGCGUCACGCCCGGCUACAGGGCGCCAUGACGCUGCAGUGGUGCCUGCGCGACGAGGCGCCGCUGGAGCCGCCGGCGCCCGGCUUCCUGCCCGUGCACGUGUACGAGUGCCCCGAGCACUUCUCCACCGUGGAGUACUACACGGUGAGUGUCUGCAGGGCGCCGCUGCGGCGUCACGCCCGGCUACAGGGCGCCAUGACGCUGCAGUGGUGCCUGCGCGACGAGGCGCCGCUGGAGCCGCCGGCGCCCGGCUUCCUGCCCGUGCACGUGUACGAGUGCCCCGAGCACUUCUCCACCGUGGAGUACUACACGGUGAGUGUCUGCAGGGCGCCGCUGCGGCGUCACGCCCGGCUACAGGGCGCCAUGACGCUGCAGUGGUGCCUGCGCGACGAGGCGCCGCUGGAGCCGCCGGCGCCCGGCUUCCUGCCCGUGCACGUGUACGAGUGCCCCGAGCACUUCUCCACCGUGGAGUACUACACGGUGAGUGUCUGCAGGGCGCCGCUGCGGCGUCACGCCCGGCUACAGGGCGCCAUGACGCUGCAGUGGUGCCUGCGCGACGAGGCGCCGCUGGAGCCGCCGGCGCCCGGCUUCCUGCCCGUGCACGUGUACGAGUGCCCCGAGCACUUCUCCACCGUGGAGUACUACACGCACCUGACCUCAUCUCAACUGGGCCGCGUGGUAGUAUACGCGGACGUGCUGAGCUCGACGCUAAACGUCACGGGCACGCCCCUGGCACAUGGCGUGGCGUGCGUGGCGCGGCGGCAGACGGCGGGCCGCGGCCGCACCGGCAACGCCUGGCUCACGCCCGAGGGACAGGCCGCUAUAUCUGUACAGACCCGAAACAACGUGAACAGCGUUUCGUCCCCUGGCCGCGUGGUGGCGGGCCGCGGCCGCACCGGCAACGCCUGGCUCACGCCCGAGGGACAGGCCGCUAUAUCUGUACAGGUGGGCUUACGUCACGGGCACGGCGUGGCGUGCGUGGCGCGGCGGCAGACGGCGGGCCGCGGCCGCACCGGCAACGCCUGGCUCACGCCCGAGGGGCAGGCCGCUAUAUCUGUGCAGGUGUGGCAGAAAGUCACACCGUCGCUGCCGCUAGUACAACACGCGUCCGCGCUGGCCGUGGUAAGAGCGCUGCGCUCGCAGCCUGCCUACGAACAUCUCGAAAUCAGGAUAAAAUGGCCUAACGACAUUUACUACGGACGCGAGGUGAAAAUAGGCGGCACCGCUACUGAAGCGAACUGCACCUACAAUGACGUCGUCAUUAACAUAGGCACUGGAGUGAACAUCACAAACAGCCAACCGACGAUGUGCGUGAACGACAUCAUAGCGGAACACAAUAAGCGGCACGGAACGAGUCUCGCACCGAUAUCUGUGGAACGGUUCCUGGCGCGAUACUGCUCCGAACUGGAACGGACUUUAGAGUAUAUGGCGAGCGACGGCGGCGUGCAGGCCUUCUUAGAGCAGUACUACCAGUACUGGCUGCACACAUACUGCUCCGAGCUGGAGAGGACUUUGGAGUACAUGGCGAGCGACGGCGGCGUGCAGGCCUUCCUAGAGCAGUACUACCAGUACUGGCUGCACACAUCUUGUUCCGAGCUGGAGCGGACUUUAGAGUAUAUGGCGAGCGACGGCGGCGUACAGGCCUUUUUAGAGCAGCACUACCAGUACUGGCUGCACACCUGGAGCGGACUCUUAGAGUAUAUGGCGAGCGACGGCGGCGUGCAGGCCUUCUUAGAGCAGUACUACCAGUACUGGCUGCACACCGGCGAAGAGAUCCGCGUGUUGCUCAAAGACUCCGGCACGCCAGUAGCGGGCUGCGUGGCGGGCGUGGACGAGGCGGGCUGGCUGCUGGUGGCCACGCCCACGGGCGAGCUGCGCGUGGCGCCCGACGGGAACACCUUCGACAUGAUGGCCGGGCUCGUGGCGCCCAAGAUGUAGUGGUGAGACAC